AUGAAGACAAGUAUGGAAUUAGCGAUUGUGUGGUUGGUUAGAGCCGCUUGGAUCGCUGCUACACUUCCUAUAGUGAUCGCUUUUAUACCUUCUUCCAAGCUGAGAUCGUUUCACCAACUCGUUUUGGGUUUCGUUGGGAGGGGCAAGAUUCUUCAGCAUUCCUCUUCUCAGAAGUUGACAGUUCCUCAGAGGUUCUUUGCUCACUUCUAUGUGAUCGGAGUAGCGUGUACGACUCUCCUGCUAGCUACCACUUGGAUGUUUGCUUGCAAAGUAGCGCCUUUAUCAUCUUCCGAAGAGUUUCAGCUCUCCGACAUUGCAAGCCGGUUAACCGGAGGAGGCUCUCAUGUUUUCUCCUUCCACAAAUCUCAUCUGACUCCUGUGGAGCAUCGGUUGGAAGUCUGGCGAGCUGUGUUUCUACUUAUUCUGAUGGAAACUCAAGUUGUGAGACGGCUUAUUGAGUCUAUCUAUGUGUUCAAGUAUAGCCCUUCUGCUCGGAUGAACAUUCUUGGUUAUCUUGUCGGAAUUUGUUUCUACACAGGAGCGCCGUUUUCUCUCUGCGUUAACAUUGCUCCGGAGGUAGCAAGAUUCGCCGGAAACCAAGUGGCUGAGUUCAUUGCUAAUGGGAAAGGCCAUUCCUCAUCCCCUGAAGUUGAUCUUGUGUUGUCUAUAAGCCCUCUGAUGAAGCUUGGAUUAUGUCAGUUGAUUGGUGGAGCCGUUUUUCUUUGGGGAUGGUUACAUCAACGCCGUUGUCACGCCAUUCUUGGAUCUCUCCGGGAAAGUCCUAGGCAAGCGAAUGAGUAUAUAAUUCCGCAUGGAGAUUGGUUUGAGAUGGUCUCUAGUCCACAUUACUUGGCAGAAAUCGUUUUAUAUGCCGGUUUGGUUAUUGCGAGUGGAGGAACGGAUAUAACCAUCUGGUUACUCUUCAGUUUCGUGGUUGGGAAUCUGACAAUGGCGGCUGGAGAAACUCACCGGUGGUAUCUGCGGAAGUUUGAGAAUUAUCCGGCUAACCGGAGUGCCAUUUUCCCUUAUGUUUAUUGA